UUCUUAUCAGCAGGCUGCAAGCAUGCUGCGAUUCCGUGGCUCCUCAUCGGUCAAAUUCACGUAGUCUCUUCAUUUCAUCAAUGAGAGGCCAAGAAGCACCAGAAAUACCUUCCUUAUAUGGUGAUGGAGGAGGAUGGCAUUGUCUGGGACUCAGAACUGAAUGCUGCAUUCUGGGAUGAAGAUGCAGCACCACCAAUGCCACCAUCAAGCUGCCUAGCUGACAGAAGCUCAACGCUGAUAUCAGAGCAUGCUGCCCCAAAGGGCCUCAGCCAAACCAGCAGUGGGGUAAAGCAACUGCCACUAGUCAGCUCAAACCAUUCUGAUGUUUCUGGCAGUGCCGCGACAAAUGUUGUCCCGCAGUCCUCUGGCACACCGGCGGCGGCGACCCGUCCGAGGGACUCCUCUCGGUCCGCGCCGCGCGUGCGCCGCUUCCUGUACCCAUCUGCGAGCCAGAUCGCCCGCGAUACACCCGACAGACGCCGUCGACCGAGACCCGUCAUCGCCGCUCGGAGCCCGCAGACGCCGGCAGAUCAGCGCCCCGCGGCGGCCGCAGACGCGGCGCUGACUCCCGCGGAGCAGCAGGACGUAGAGGCCUGCCUGGUCACGGCCAUGGAAACCCUCGAGGACGACGGCGAUACGUUCUUCACGCAGUGUCGAGUCAGGGUGACUCCCGACCGACCUAGUGCGACGACGGUGGCGCGUGGUGAGAAGACAGUGAAGGGUGAAGAGCGAACUCCAUCCCUUCCCUUUCGCGAAGUGAAUGAGGCUAAAGAGAACAUGGACACAGUCUGUGAGCCCAUGGAGACCACUGGUCCUAUUCAGCUGGCUCCUGACAGCGGCAGGGCAGAAUGCUCCGGUCACGUAGGUGUUCAUGCCGCGGGACUCGGCUCAGCGACGAUAACCUCAAGUCGAGGUACUGUCCCCAGUUUACAGUCAGUGGCGGGACAGUUGAAAACCCCGCAUACUGCCUCCCCAUCUGUUCAGUCACCAGCAAGCAUGAUCCGCACCGACCCCAACAACACGAAUAACUCGAACCGGCCAGUGACAUCGGCACCCGGCAGGACGUCCGCCGGGUGCGCCCUCCCGGCGCUGGGGAGCGAACAUCGGACCCCCGCCGGACGGCCACCUGACCGUCAUGGACGCGUCCCGCCAGCCAAGCGCUUGUGGUCCGCCGCCGAUAACGCUGAGAGUGAAAAUGAUGAACCCGGCUGCUCCCCGGUCCUGUCCAGUCACAAAAAGAGGCGAAGACGUGAACGCCGUCCAGACGCGGUUCUUGCACCACAAUCACCCAUGGAAGUGGUUCUGGAAAAGAGCAAGAAAGUAGAAUCAAUCGGAGCUGUUGGUGCUGACAAGAUGAAGAAUCCAGGCGUGCUGCCCCCACUAGUUGUGCCAGAGCCAGCAUUAGGAGACGAUCGUGGAAGUUUCGCCGGUUUCAGCACUGCUUCCGGACGUAAGCUGGCUGUCUCCGAUCAGGCGAUGAAACGAGCCGUCGCUCUGAUGCGAGAGGUUGAUGGGCCAUCAACUUGCGGCGACUUGUCCGCUCCAGCAGCAGCUUGUCGUGGCAUGAAUCUCAACAAUGACCCUAUGAGUUGUGACACAGACUCAAACGCGGACACAGCAGUGCCGGUGGUUGUCUCGAAAGCUGUCUUGGAAAAUGCCGAGCACGUGUUUGCUGAUCACAUUUCUGAUCCAGCUAUUGAGAUAGAUGUUUCCAUGCGCUGUGAACUGAAGGCUUCAGGUGACAGUGCCACAAUUGAAGAAAAUGUCAUGUCUGGCCAUGUAGGCUCUCUCAAGAUCGUGACAGAACACCGUAAUUCAAAUCCUGAGAUGCAGGUUCCUUGCGGAUUUUCAACAGCUAGUGGGAAGCCUGUCAAAGUAUCAGACGCGGCGCUGGAAAAGGCAAAAGCGUUUCUUGACGAAGAUGUGAGUCAAUCAUUGAAGGCACGAAGCGUCACAGAGUCCCAGCCUGUUGUUGGCUUUGCAACGGCAAGUGGGAAGUCGGUAAAAGUUUCAGAUGCUGCCCUCAAGAAAGCCAAAGCAAUGCUUGAUAGUGAGUGUGACGCGACAUUGAAGGUGGACAACGUCGCAGAGCCUCAGACGAAGUAUCCUGUCGGCUUUGCAACGGCAAGUGGAAAGUCUGUGAAUGUUUCAGAUGCCGCCCUAAAGAAAGCCAAAGCAAUGCUUGACGGCGAUUGUGAAGCGAUGAACAAUGUCGCAGAACCCCAGACGAAGCGGCCUGUUGGCUUUGCAACGGCAAGUGGGAAGUCUGUUGAAGUUUCAGAUGCUGCCCUCAAGAAGGCCAAAGCAAUGCUUGAUAGUGAGUGUGACGCAGCAUUAAAGGUAGACAACGCCGCAGAUUCUCAUUCAGAACGUCCUGUUGGCUUUGCAACGGCAAGUGGGAAGUCGGUAAGAGUUUCAGAUGCUGCCCUCAAGAAAGCCAAAGCAUUGCUUGAUAGUGAGUGUGACGCAACAUUGAAGGUGGACAACGUCGCAGAGCCUCAGACGAAGCAUCCUGUCGGCUUUGCAACGGCAAGUGGAAAGUCUGUGAAAGUUUCAGAUGCUGCCCUCAAGAAAGCCAAAGCAAUGCUUGACAGUGAGUAUGACGUAUCUUUGAAGGUGGACAACGCCGCAGAUUCUCAUGCAGAACGUCCUGUUGGCUUUGCAACGGCAAGUGGGAAGUCGGUAAGAGUUUCAGAUGCUGCCCUCAAGAAAGCGAAGGCAAUGCUUGACAGCGAUUGUGACGUUUCCUUGAAGAUUAACAGCGUCGCAGAGCCUCAGACGAAGCAUCCUGUUGGGUUUGCAACGGCAAGUGGGAAGUCGGUAAAAGUUUCAGAUUCCGCCCUCAAGAAAGCCAAAGCAAUGCUUGAUAGUGAAUGUGACGCAUCUUUGAAUGUGCACAACGUCGCAGAGCCUCAUGUAGGACGUCCAUGUCAGCCAAAUGUAGGCUUUGCAACAGCAAGUGGGAAGUCUGUGACUGUAUCAGAUGCUGCCCUGAAGAGAGCCAAAGCGAUUCUUGACAGUGUUGCUAAUGAUGACGAAUCAUUGAAGCCAGACAACAACGCAGAAUCUCGGUUGGGGAACCCUGAUGCUAUUGCCGGAACAAGCGGUGGUUCCGUAAAGACGUUACCAAAUGUGAGGAACGUCGAGACAAUUUGUGAUGAUGAUGAAACGAUGCCAAGCGAGAGUGCCUUCCAGGAACAUCGGCGGCCUCACGGUGGUUUUUCUACUGCUGGUGGAAGGCCCGUUGAGGUGUCCAAAGUGGCUAUGAAAAACGCAAAAGCUGUGCUGGACAGUAUCAGCCAUGAACCUUACGCCGACCCGUCAAGCGGACUGGCUGUCGAUCGUCCUUGUGGGUUCACCACAGCUGCCGGGAAUUCCGUCCAGGUAUCCGAAGACGCCCUGAGGAAGGCCAAGGCGAUGCUGGCAAGUGUGGAGGAAACUAUGGAGACCGAAACUGUCGCACAAGACUCCUCCACCACUGGUGAACGACCUGAGCCAGUGACGGAUGCUGCGUUGAAAAAGCCUCGAGCAGAACUGAGCAGUAAUGGUGGCUUUAAGAUACCAAACGUUGAUAGAUGUGCGCGACCGGGGCUGAAGCGUCGCCGACCAGUCCCGGCCCACUCUUCGGUUGAUGGAAAGCACUCCGUAAGCGAAACAACGAGCCAUGGGGCAGCCGUCGCACCAGUCGUGACAACUCUUCGGCAACCUAAGGUUCGGUUCCUUUGCCGUGACAAUCUUUCACAUGAUAAUGCGGAUCUACAGUCGGACGCUUGUGCGUCCAAGACAACGAGUACUGCAACCUCUGCUCCAGUCGCAACAAGCCGUGCUGCUCCUGUUGAAAGCCUGCGUGGUCGUGGAGGAAGCUCACAUCGGACAUCUCACAUCGCAACGAGCCCGGGACCACCAGCGACAGUCGUCUCUUCUGACCACGAUCAUAGCGAUUCGCGGUGUGUCGAUGACGACGCCGAGUCGAACACGGUGGGCCUGACUCAGCUGCUGGAUGACCGGUUCGAGUUCACCCAGGUGGUGACUGAUCGGCAGCGGCUGGCGGAGGAGGAGCGCUCCACCAGCCCGGUGCUGGGCACGCCUAGGCGCGCCGGACGCCGGCGCCGCUCGGCCCAGCCGGCCGUGUUCCGCACCCCGUACAGGAGCGGACCGGCGCCGCACGCACCGGCCAAGGAGUCGCACACACCGGCCGCUCCGCCGCCGCCCGAGCCUCCAGCGGUCAUGGCUGCCUCUCCAGCCCCAACUGAGAGCGCCUCUGGAGACGGCAGGCGGGAGGUCCGGGCGGAACAGCGGCGGCGGCAGGCGGAGCGUGUGGCGGCGGGAGCGGACCGGCGGGUCGUCCGAUCGGUCGGCAGUCUGAUGCAGACUCGACAGGAGGCGGCUGCGGUCGGCACCGGGAGGAAGUCGCUCAGAGAGGCGCUGGGACCGCGGCCCGCCAACCUCACUCGGGACGAGCUGCAAUCACUGGACGUUCCUGCCGAAGUUCUGGAUGUUACUUUCGCCUCCGCGCCCUCGUAUCGCUUCAAAUGCACCGAGACAAUGAUCUCCGCGGACGGGUGUGUGGUGGUGCCGGCCGACGACGAUACGGUGGGUGUGGCCGAGCUACGCUCCGCCCUCCUCUCCUCCUGCGGGGUCCAGCCGAGCCUGGUACCUGAGCGAUGGGUGGAGAACGCCUUCCGACACGUGGUCUGGAAGCUGGCCGCCUACGAGCGCCAGUUCCCAGAUGAGAUGGCCGGCAGGUGUCUGACGGUGGAGGAGGUGAUUCGCCAGCUGCGGUACCGCUACGACCGAGAGCUGGACCGAUGUCAGAGGCCGGCACUGCGCCGAAUUACCGAGGGCGAUGACACCGCCGCCAAGACGCUCAUACUCUGUGUGGCUGAAGUGAACACGACGGCCGAGGGAAUCCGCCUGGUGGUGUCGGACGGCUGGUACUGUAUCCCCGCCCAGGGAGACUCGGCCCUACAGCGGCUGGUGCGGCUCGGCCGGCUGCGGCCCGGUCUCAAACUGGCGGUGCACGGCGCCGAGCUGACCGGGCAGCAGGAGCCCUGCUCGCCGCUCGAGGUUUCCUCAGAGACGUUUCUGCGGUUUUCAACCAACUCGUGUCGUCGCGCGCGCUGGGACGCGCGGCUCGGUUACCAUAGCAACCCGGCGCCGUUCGCCAGCUGUCUGAGCGCCGUGCUGCCAGACGGCGGCUCGGCUGCCAGACUGGACGUCGCUGUGGCACGGGUGUACCCGGUGCUCUACUAUGAGAAGGGGGAGAGCGGUGGAGUGUUCCGGACGGCGCGCUGUGAGCGGCGGCGCGCUGCCGCGGCCGAGGCGGCCCGUGAGUCCCGCAUGGAGCGCCUGUAUGCUGCUGUGGAGCGGCAGCUGGGCAGCCAGGAGCGGCCGGCGGGGGCGGGGGUGGUGCGCCGGCCCGUCAGCCGCGCCGCCGUCCGUCAGCUCAGCACCGGACAACAGAUAUACGAGUGUGUGGCGGCCGCCGCCGAUCCUGGCAGCGUCGAGGCGCUGCUGACGGACCAUCAGAAGGAGCUGGCGUCCGAGUACCAGCGCCACAGACAGGAGGAGCACCGCGGCAGGGUGGAGGCAGAGUUCCGAGCCCGGCUACAGGAGGAGGCGCAGGCCCUGAGGCCGGCCGCGCCGCUCCUCAAGAUCCGGCUGGCCGGCAAGAAUAACGUGCCCGCCAGUGGCGCCAUCCUCACACUCUGGCGGCCGUCGGACGAACUACAGACGUUCCUGGCAGAGGGCAAAUCCGUGUCCCUACUGGGGGUGACUGCCAACGGUAAACGUAACGGCGUGCUGCAGCUCUCUGCCGGCUCCCAGCUGCGCGUCCAGCCGGGCCCGGCCGGUCUGAGCUGCCCGCCGCGCGUGCUGGCCUCGGCGGUAUCGCUGGCCGCCGGCCGGCCUCCGUUCGGCGAGCUGGACGUGGCAGCCCUGGUGGUGCGGGUGACGCCGGGAGCGGCGGACAGCCAGACGGUGCACCUCUGUGACCGCGGGGGCACGCUGCUAGCGGCCGUCUGCUGGCCAGGACUGAAGUCGCUGGGUCUGGACGAGCUGGUGGUGCCGGGCGCGGUGCUGGCGUUCUCCAACCUCCAGCUGUGCUCCGCCGGCGCCCGGCCGCCGCUCUGCUCCCUGUCUGACCGGGCAGAGGUCAGCCGGCGACCCACGGCGCGGCGCCUGAACGACGAGCUGAGACUGCUGGUCGAGACCAUGACGAAGUGCUCUGAUUUCGAGGCGUCCGCUGGCGCCGCGCUGGACUCGGCGCUGGCGGCGGCUCCGGGCCGCACCAUGUCCCCGGCGGUGGUCGGUCCGUUCCGGUCGCCGGUACCGUACGGGGCGCCCUCCCCCGGAACACCGGGCGGGCCGGGACAGCCGGCCGGCGGCGGCACACCCACCGGCGCAGGCUGGAGUCCCGCCGAGUCUGCGCUGUAUGCCGGCGCGGACGGCGACGGCUCGGUCCGACCCGCCCAGCGGCGGCUUCAGGCGCUCACUCGGUACGGCCCUGCGCCGCCCAUCAGUCCCCUGGUGUCGCCCGUGCCGGCCGGCCUGCGCCGCCCGUUCCGCAGCCCGCGCCCCACGAUCGGCGACCACCGGCCCGGCGCGGCAGUCGGCGGAGCCGGGACGGACGGCGGGACCGCCGCGUCCACCACCGCCGGCGGAGACAGCGGAGCGGCGGCCGAGAUAAUCCGACUGGCCAAACUGGAGCUGCCCUCGGCGGCCACCGACAGUCCGCCCAUCGAGCCCGAGUCCCAGCUGGUCUGA